AUGAAAAUCCUGAGUGUUACCAAAUCAUCCGAUUCCGAAGGUGGUGCAAUCAUAUCUUUGCUUCCUCAGGAUAAAGAAGACUUAUUCGCUGUCUACCAACUGAUUGAUAAAGAUGACGAGGUGAUAUUUAAGAAAAUGGUUACGACAGACCUCGAUGAAAGCGGGAAAAAGAAAGCAACAGACCUGGUCAAACUGAAAUUGCAGAUCAUCUCCAAUGAAUUUGACUUAAAGAAUGAGUCGUUGAGGUAUAAAGGUGUAACGGUAGUGGACGAUUUCGGUGGAGCCAAUAUUGACAUUCCCGUCGGGAAGUUCUUCAGCUUUACUGUCAACUACACCUACCCGUUCACUAUUAUCAAGCAUGAUUUCAACAAGUACAGUCAGAAAUUGCUUGAUGAGGCCUCUCAAACUGAUAUCAAGGCAGAUACUGCCGCUGUGGUGUUACAGGAAGGGAUUGCGCAUAUUUGCCUUCUGACGAACUCAUCAACAAUCUUAAAGCAGAAGGUAGAAUAUGCUAUGCCAAAGAAAAAAAGAGCUACAGACGUUGCAAAGUUUGAGCAGAAGACCGAAAAGUUUUACAGGGCCACAUAUGAAGGCAUGAAGAAAAGCUUCGAUUUUGCGAAGCUCAAAAUCGUAAUUCUUUGCUCUCCUGGUUUCUAUGCGAAAUCACUAAUGGGCAAGGUUAUACAAUACGCUGAGGAAGAGCAGAACAAAGAUAUUUUGAACGUCAAGGAUAAAUUCUUGGUCGCACAUUGCUCAACUGGCUACCUCCAAGGAAUCACAGAGGUAUUGAAAGACCCUUCGUAUGCUUCAAAGCUCAAAAAUACUAAGUAUUCUCAGGAAGUCCUCGUGAUGGAUGAGUUUAUGAAGCAUUUGAACGAUGAUGAUGACAAGGCAUGGUAUGGGGAUCAUGAGGUGCUGAAGGCAGCGAAUUUAGGGGCCAUUAAGAUUUUGUUGAUAACAGAUUCUUUAUUGCGCUCUGAUGAUAUCAUGGAGCGCAAGAGAUAUUUGGCGCUUGUUGAGGAUGUAGAGCAGACCGGCGGACAGGUCUUAGUGUUUAGUUCUCUUCAUAGUUCUGGGGAAGAGUUAAACAGACUGACAGGCGUCGCCUGCAUCUUGAAAUACCCUCUACCAGAUCUCGAUGAGGAAGAGGAGGAGGGUGAGGAGAAGAAGAAAGAGAUAUCUUUGUAG